CUUCUUCCCCCCGUGUAGUGGAGAUUAAUGGCAAAUAGUGGUAAUGACAUUAUUCUAAAGAGUAAGCGCACAAAGUGACAUUGUACAUGAACAAUAGGUCAUGGGCUAUAAAUUGAACCGGAAAGGGGCAUCGACCAAGAGUGUGGAGUGGAGCGUGGCUUAAGCCAUGGCCAAGGCUAGCAUCAUGGCGGCACCUCCGGCAACCCAGCUGCUGGUGGCCAAGGGCAGGGCACCGUUGUCGGUGCUGCUGGCGCUAGCACUAGCAGCAGCGGUGCUGGAGCCGGAGGCAUCGGAGGAGCCGGAAGUCGACUUGGCGGACGAAGAGUCAGUGGACUUGCCUGAAGCAGAGCCAGUGCCGGAGGCGGUGGCAGUGGCGGCGGCGCCGGACGAGGAACCAGUAGCGGAGGCAGAGGUAGAACCGGUGAUGGUGAUAGGGAUGGCGGUCAGGGGAGUGGUGUAGAUGGCGGAGGAGGAGCUGGGGCCCUCGGAGUCGCUGGCGCUGGUGGUGCAGCUCAAGUAGGUGGUACCAGUGCG